GGGUUGGUUGCGGUGAGGGCAGUGAGCGGCGGUGUGAGAGAGUGCGGAUCGGUGCUGCUUUUGUUGCGUUUUCUUUUUGUCACCGUCGCCGCUGUCGCAGUCGCGGUACGGUGUAGUCGCGGGGUCGUUGUAACGUCCUUUAUAUGAGUUUAUAUGCAUAGCAGCCAUUCAUUGCGCAGCAUUCCCACCGAAAUGGUUCUUUUUUUACCCUAAAUGGACAGCGUUUAGUCUUCGCUUUUUUUUACCUUGUUUUCUUUUUAAUUUAUGGAAGCUUAGCGCGUAGAGAGUCAAGCGUUGAGCCCGUGGAAACGAACAACGAAGAUGCCGUUAGAAGUGCAGUGGCCACUACCGAAUCUCAACCAACCCAGCAAAUUAUGGCAGUUGGGCAGUUCCAUGGUCGUCCCAGCGGUCGGAAUACUCGCCAAGCUGUUUCAUGAGCCGCAGUUUCUUAAGAGAGCACAGGCAUCGCGCAGAGCCCGAGUAAUCCUCAAAGCAGGAUGGUUCAACACUGUCAAUGUGUACAACAAGGAAGUUCUCUUCAAUGCCAUUGAGAACAGACCGAAAGACGUUCCACUAAUCACGGUCUGCAAUCAUCACUCUUGCUUGGAUGACCCUUUCAUUUGGGGGAUGCUGGAGCUGCGGCACAUCUUCAAGCAGCAAUGCAUGCGCUGGAGUGUGGCGGCCCACGACAUCUGCUUCACCAACGAGCUGCACUCCCGCUUCUUUGCCAUGGGCAAGACGGUGCCAGUGUGCCGGGGGGAAGGCGUCUUCCAGAAGGGCAUGGACUACUGCAUAGAUCUGCUCAACAGGGGCAUGUGGGUCCACAUCUUCCCCGAGGGAAAGGUCAACAUGGUCACCCAAGAGUUCCUGCGGCUCAAGUGGGGCGUCGGACGGCUGAUAGCAGAGAGCAAGAAAUGUCCCAUCGUCAUUCCCUUCUGGCACGUUGGCAUGAACAAUGUGCUGCCAAACAAGGAGCCCUACGUUCCACACUGGGGACAGAUGGUGACCAUUUUAAUCGGCGAUCCAAUCGAUUUCUCGCCACUACGGGACACCAUGAAGAAGCAAGAGAAGAGUGCGAUGGAGCAACGCAAAGCCAUAACAGACACCAUCCAGGAGGAGUUUGGAGAGCUCAAGAGUCGUGCGGAGACGCUACACCAACUGAGCUUGCCCUCCUGCUAACAAAACUGUUAUCCUACUUGAUUCAAUUUUUGAUGGUGUGCUUGUCGACGCGUGCCGCAACUUGAAACAAGAGCCGACACAUUGGUGUGGUCCUUGAAGUUAAUCGGUCAGUUAGUGAGGAGCAGCCUUUAUUUCCAGGGGCCUGCAAAGUUAUUGCUGAUGCAGCUUGUCCUUCUUUUUCUAAGUUCAAAAAUUGUUUCUCACGCUCAAGCUUGGUACUGGUAAAUCUGCGUUUUUAUAUUUAAGUACCUAGCAGUUGUAUGUUUUUAAAGUGCACCCAACAGAUGUUUGUUUUAGUCAAGCGACCAACAAAAGUGUCACGUGCAAACUAUCGCGGUUAUACAUCGUUUUCUCUGCUUGAAAAAGCAGACAUUAGUAAUUUCAACGAGUUGAUCAGCCUGCGAGGGUUGUUUUAGCGAGUCCUGUUACUAUGUUUAUUUUGUUUUGUGGUGCAUGUGCACACUUUUAUUAAGAGAGCUUUAUGCGGCUGUUAUUGACUGCCAUACUGCUGGCACGAGUGUUGUGAUUGAUGGUUCGGUUCUGGGAUAACGGUGUUCUGGCUGGUGUUUUUAAGCAGGAACGUGUGGGAGCCGAUGCGAGUGUUGCCCUAAAAGUCCUGCAACUAUUCAAUGCGCGGUAUAUUUGGAAGCGUGCCACAUCCUUCAUUGUUGCCAUUUUUUUGUUGAGAGUAUGUAUGCUGUGAUAUACUUGCACGUCAUUGACCGGAUUUUUGUCUCGUUUUAAUCAGGGAGGUUAGUACGAAGCCUGUUUAUUCUGUUGGGCAGCAGAGCUCUGUUGGGAGGCUGCACCCUUGACUGGAUCUGGAGCCAUGUAUGAUUUCAGCGUGGUAAAUGGGUAAAGCAAAAAUUAUUUCUGCAAAACAUUAUGUUGUGUUUUAUGACUGAGAUGCCACUAGAUGGUGGAUUUGUCUCUUGCAAAUAUUGCACAAAGAAUUUUUUUUUAGAAGGGUAAUUGCACAGGUUAUUUUUAUUGGUAUACUUUUUGAGGAGCUACACUGUUAAUUUCAGGAGAACUUAUUUUCUUUUUCUUUCUAAAAUAAUACAUUGUGGUACCCUUCCUUGUCGUCUGCAUUGAUAAAAUUUGAUGGAUACUCGUGGCUUUUGAUAAAGGUAAACUCGAUAUUUGCCCUAAACAAACCCACGUCUGCUGCUGUAUGCUUGGCAUAAAUUAGUUUCACUUCUUGAGGCACAUUUUUGCAGUUGGUCUAGUCUGACCAUUUGUUGUAGAAAAGAUGUGUACAGUAAUCACCCAAACACCAUCCUCCAUAGUAGUUGUGAAUAGUGUAUCGCGCCUUUCAUGGUAUACCCAGUUUGCAUCAUCUCUGCUUAGAGGUGUACGCUUGUAGUUGGCAUUUGGACUUUGAUGCAAUGGACGGCUCUUUAGAGACAAGAGUUUCGCUGUCUCUAACGAGCAAGUUGCACCUUGCUUGAGAGUACUUAACACGUACAAUAGAAAUAUUUAAUGUUUGAUAAAUUACUGUUUUGGAAGUUGGCGUACAGGAAUAUAAUGUUUAAAUUUGUGAACUUUGAAUAACAUUAAAAAAAAAUCUGUUUGAAAUAAAUUUGCACAUUGGGGAGAGACAAGUUUGUUUUUGUAACAGUUUAUUUCUUUAAAUUAUUGUACAAAGGGUAUGAUUUCACAAAUAAAUUGUUGAGCCUGCAACGUUCUUCGA